GCGGGCAGUGGCGCAAUGGGGCCCCUCCGAGAGACCAAGAAGGAGCAGAGAGUGCAGCAUCAUGAGAAGGAGAUUUCCCGAAGCCGAAUUCCUCGUUUGAUUCUUCGGCCCCAUCUGCCCCAGCAACAGCACAAAGUGUCCCCGGCCUCUGAGUCUCCCUUCUCUGAGGAAGAGAGCCGGGAGUUCAACCCCAGCAGUUCUGGGCGCUCAGCAAGGACCAUUAGCAGCAACAGCUUCUGCUCAGAUGACACAGGCUGUCCUAGUAGUCAAUCAGUGUCUCCUGUGAAGACGCCCUCAGAUACUGGAAACAGCCCUGUUGGCUUUUGCCCUGGAAGUGAUGAAGACUUUACCAGAAAGAAAUGCAUUAUUGGAAUGGUUGGUGAGGGAAGUGUCCAGUCAACUCGAUAUAAGAAGGAACAAAAGUCAGGCCUUGUAAAGCCAGUACUAGGGAGCACCAAGGACAGGCACCUAAGCUGGCCUAGGGAAGGAAGAAUGCAGAGAAGGCUACUUGGAGUAGGUUACCAUCAGUCUCGAAGCAGCAGGCAACCAGCUGGUAGGGAGUGGGAGGAGAACCUUCGUUUUUUCUGCUUUUCUCCCAGUCGAGGUCCCCAUGGGCGGAGCAAUGGAGGUUCAUCACACAAAUCUGUCAAUAGCCCACCAGCCCCACGGGAAAAGGACCUUCUGUCCAUUCUGUGCCGGAAUCAGCUGAGUCCCAUUAACGUCCAUUCCAGUUAUGCACCUUCUUCCCCAAGUAGUAGCAACUCUGGCUCCUACAAAGGAAGUGACUGCAGCCCAGUCAUGAGGCGGUCUGGAAGGUACAUGUCUUGCGGUGAAAAUCAUGGUGUCAAAGCCCCCAAUCCAGAGCAGUAUUUGACUCCUCUGCAGCAGAAAGAGGUCACAGUGAGACAUCUCAAGACCAGGCUUAAGGAAUCUGAGCGCCGGCUUCAUGAAAGGGAAAGUGAAAUUGUGGAGCUCAAGUCCCAGCUGGCCCGUAUGAGAGAAGACUGGAUUGAAGAGGAGUGCCACCGGGUGGAGGCUCAGUUAGCCCUCAAGGAAGCCAGGAAAGAGAUUGAACAACUCAAACAGGUCAUCGAGACUAUGAGGAACAGCUUGGCUGAUAAAGAUAAAGGCAUCCAGAAGUAUUUUGUGGACAUAAAUAUCCAAAACAAGAAGUUGGAGUCUCUCCUUCAGAGUAUGGAGAUGGCACACAAUGGCUCCCUGAGGGAUGAACUGUGUCUAGACUUUCCAUAUGAUUCCCCAGUGAAAAGCUUCACCCUAAACACCUCUUUUGACAAGAUGGCAGAUGGGUUGUCCCUGGAAGAGCAGGUCAUAGAGGAAGGGGCUGACAGCGAGCUGCUGGUGGGAGAUAGUAUGGCUGAUGGUACAGAUUUGUUUGAUGAGAUGGUGACAGCCACUGCCACAGAGUCUGGAGACCUGGCCCUUCUUCAUUCCACCCCUGGAGCAAAGGUCCUUGAGAUCCUCCCUAUUGCGGUGGGUCAGGAGGAGGGCAGUGUGGUGGUGGAGCAAGCUGUCCAGACCGACGUGGUGCCGUUCAGCCCCGCAGUCUCCGACCUCAUUCAGAGCCUGCUCAAGCUCCAGGACCCCUGUUCCUCGAGCUCGGCAUCCCCUGAUGAGUCUGGGGCUGAGCCGACCGAAAGCUCCCCAGAGGCCAUCCCUACCUUAGUGAUUGAUUUAACUCCAAGAAAUCCAAACUCAGCCAUCCUUUUGUCUCCUGUGGAGAUACCAUACGACAAAGUAGAGGCGGAAGUUCAUGAAAACCACCUCAUGAAAGAGCUAGAUUUUGCAGCCUACACAGAAGAGAGGUUGGACGGCAUCAUCCCAUUUUCUCGGGGGGAUGUGGCAAAGCAGUACUGGAGCAGAAGUUUCCUGGUAGAUCUCCUGGCUGUGGCUGCCCCUGUGGUCCCCACCAUUUUGUGGGUAUUCAGUACUCAGAGAGGGGGAACAGAUCCUGUCUACAACAUCGGAGCCUUGCUCCGGGGCUGCUGUGUGGUUGCCCUCCAUUCACUCCGCCGUACCGCCUUUCAUAUCAAAACCUAAAUAGAAGGUGUUGUUACAGUGUGCCAGUUUGUCCCGUGUGGCAUUGUGCCAGUGGAGAAACAGCAGGUCAACCUGUGGCGGUCUCUAGUCGGUCGUUUUGCUCCUUGGUAUUUGAUUUGCACUAUAUUUAGUUGAAGCCUGUUCGCUGUUUAAAACCGGAGGUAUCUUCAAAGGCAUGGAGACCUGGUUCAAGUAAAUGUCCCACCAGUGUGGUAUAAAAAGCAUGCUCAUGACCCUGCCGUGUCGUCUUAGGUACCCAUUCUUAUUCCAGUGGUACAGGAAGAGAAAAUGCAAAGUUUGCACUUUCAAGACAGCUUCUGUAAGGCUGGCAUGUUAUCUCCUUGCUUUGCUUUGUGCCGUUGUAAAACGUGUAAUUGUUCCAGCAUUCCAAUGGUCUUGUGCAUAGCAGGGGACUGUAACCAAAAAUAAAAAUGUAUUUGUGUAAUUGGUUUGAAGAAGUCUGGAGUAGCUCUUUAGUGUCCUACUUGGGGUUGAUAAGGUUUGAGUAGUUUUUUUUACUAAAUGUAGCUCCAAAGUCUUAAAUGGCUUGUUUGUUCUUAAACCUGUGAAUGGAUGAAAUUGUAUGUAGGUUUACAAUGUAUUAACUUAUUUUUUGCUUACUAUAUAUAGUGUUUUAUUGGAAGUUGUUUGUAACUACACAUUUAAGCAUGACAAAAUAAAGAUUAGUGUUUCCAUUUUAAUAAAUGUAUCCCCUCAU